GAGAGAGAGAGAGGUUGCUUUGCUUAGAGACGUUGUCGGACUUCAAAUCAGUUUCGGUACCGGAAUUUAGGAACUCCGUUUAAAUCCGGAGCCACCAAAAUAGAAAAGAAAAAAAAAGGAUAAGCCUUUUCUUUUAUCCGUUUUUUCUCCUUCUUCUCUUGGAAUUUUCUGAGAGUGAAGUCUGAAGUCAGAGGAAUUGUUCUUCAGUUUUCGACAUCUGGGUUUUCGAUUUUCGGAGUUCAAUUUCGGAAUUAAGGUCGUUCGAAAGCUUCGGCGAAGGAAAGUUAGGGUUUUUUGUUUGUUUGACUCAGAGAGAUCUCUUCGAAUUCUCGUUGUUUCUGAGGAAAUUGUAAAAGAUGUCCACGCCUCUGAAGGUGUGGCAACGUUGGUCUACUCCAACGAAAGCGACGAAUCCAGAUUCGAACGGGAAGGGUCCAGCCAACAUGGUGACCCCAGUUCCGGGUCGGGUCAGUGAGAUCUACUACGACGAUCCAAGAAUAUUGCCUGAGAAAGUUUCAGAGCUUGAAAAAGAGCUUUUUGAAUACCAACACAAUCUUGGUCUUCUUCUGAUCGAGCAAAAGGAGUGGAGUUCAAAAUAUGAAGAGCUUCAACAGGAAUUCGAAGAAGUAAACGAGUGCCUUAAGCGAGAACGCAAUGCCCAUCUGAUUGCUGUAGCAGAUGUUGAGAAGCGUGAAGAGGGGUUGAGGAAAGCUCUGGGGAUUGAGAAGCAAUGUGCAGUUGAUCUGGAGAAGGCUUUGCGGGAACUACGCUCUGAAAACGCAGAGAUCAAAUUUACAGCUGACUCGAAGUUGACUGAGGCAAAUGCAUUGGUAAGAAGUGUUGAAGAAAAAUCUCUCGAAGUUGAGGCAAAGCUGCGUGCUGUUGAUGCAAGACUUGCUGAAGUUAGCAGAAAGAGUUCGGAAGUAGAGAGGAAGUCGAAGGAAGUGGAAGCUCGAGAAAGUUCUAUUCAAAGGGAGCGAUUUUCCUACAUUGCUGAACGAGAUGCAGACGAGGCAACUUUGUCAAAGCAGAGGGAGGACUUGCGUGAAUGGGAAAGAAAGUUGCAAGAAGGAGAAGAAAGAGUUGCUAAAUCUCAAAUGAUUGUAAAACAGAGAGAAGAUAGGGCAAAUGAAGGCGAUAAGAUUAUCAAGCAAAAGGGAAAAGAACUUGAAGAGGCGCAAAAGAAGAUUGAUGCUGCUAACCUUGCUUUGAAAAAAAAAGAAGACGAUAUCAGUUCAAGGAUAAAAGCUCUUGCUUUUAGGGAGCAAGAAACUGAAGUGCUCAAGAAAUCCAUAGAAACAAAAGAGCGAGAGCUACUAGCUCUGCAAGAGAAACUGGAUGCCAGAGAAAAGGUUGCAGUUCAGCAACUAAUUGAUGAACACCAAGCUAAAUUGGAGGCAGCACAGCGUGAGUUUGAGUUGGAAAUGGAGCAGAAAAGAAAGUCUAUUGAUGACAGCUUGAGGAGCAAGGUUGUUGAAGUGGAAAAGAGGGAGGCUGAGUGGAAGCACAUGGAGGAGAAAGUCGCUAAACGUGAACAGGCGUUAGAUAGGAAGCUGGAGAAGCAUAAAGAAAAGGAAAAGGAAUUUGAAUUAAGACUGAAAGGCGUAAGUAGCAGAGAGAAGGCCUUGAAAAGCGAGGAGAAGGCAUUGGAAACUGAGAAGAGGAAACUGCUCGAGGAUAAGGAUAUUAUUCUCAAUUUAAAAGCUGAAGUGGAGAAGAUGAAGACUGAAAAUGAGGUACAACUAUCAGAAAUUCACAAAGAGAAGGAGGGGCUUAGAGUUACUGAGGAGGAGAGAUCCGAGUAUCUUCGUCUUCAAACUGAAUUGAAGGAGCAACUAGAAAAGUGCAGGUCUCAAGAGGAGCUGCUUUUGAAAGAAGUUGAGGAUCUGAAGGCCCAAAGGGAAUGUUUUGAGAAAGAAUGGGAAGAACUUGAUGAGAGGAAAGCUGAGAUCGAGUCCGAACUAAAGAAUAUAACUGAUCAGAAAGAAAAACUAGAGAGACACAGUCACUUGGAAGACGAAAGGCUAAAAAAGGAAAAGCAAGCAGCAAAUGACAACAUGAAAAGGGAGCUCGAAACUCUGGAAGUGGCAAAGGCUUCAUUUGCGGAAACUAUGGAGUAUGAGCGUUCAGUGAUCUCUAAGAAAGCUGAGAGCGAAAAAAGUCAACUGCUUCAUGAUAUUGAGAUGCUCAAAAGGAAUCUCGAGGCUGAUAUGCAGACUAAACUGGAAGAAAGAGAAAAGGAGUUGCAAGCGAAAGAGAAGUUAUUUGAGGAAGAGAGGGAGAAGGAAUUAAGCAAUAUUAAUUACCUAAGAGACGUAGCCAGAAGAGAAAUGGCGGAUAUGCAGAACGAGAGACAGAGAAUAGAGAAAGAAAAGCUAGAAGUUGAUGCUAGUAAAAAACAUCUUGAAGAGCAGCAGACAGAAAUUCGAAAAGAUGUUGAUGACCUUGUUGCCUUAACCAAGAAACUGAAGGAACAGCGGGAACAAUUUAUUAGCGAGAGAAAUCGUUUCCUUUCUUCCAUGGAAAGUAAUAGGAACUGCAAUCCUUGCGGUGAACUGCUGCAAGAGAUCGUGCUUCCUGACAUUGACAAUCUGGAGAUGACUAAUUUGUCAAAACUGACAAACAUUCUUGAGAACGAAGCACCAAGGCAGGAAAUGAGGGAUAUAUCCCCAACUGCUGCUGGCUUAGGAUUGCCAGUUCCUGGUGGGACGGUGUCAUGGCUCCGGAAAUGUACUUCGAAGAUUCUUAAGUUGUCUCCAAUAAAAAUGGCCGAAACCUCUGCUACUCGGAAUUUGGCUGGCCAAGAACCUCAAUCUACUGAGCAAGCUAACGUGAAUAGUGGGCCAUCAACUAUGCUUCAGGCGCAAUCUGUAAGCGACACAAGAGAAGUCGAAGUCAACAAUGCAGACUCAGACGGUGAUCAAAGCAACAUCAACAGCAAGGCUCAAGAAGUUGAAGCAAAUUCUUUGUCUACUCUGAAUGCUGAUGGUCAAUCACGCAUUAGAGGGAAAGCCAGAGCCAGAGUCAGAAGAACGCACUCUGUCAAAGCUGUUGUCGAAGAUGCUAAAGCUAUCUAUGGAAAAUCUAUAGAAUUCAAUGAGCCCGAAGAUUCAACAGAAAAUGUUGAGGACUCUUCUAAAGCAAAUGAUGGAAACACGGGUGAACCUGAUCAUUCUGGUAAAGGAGCUUCAAAGAAUGGACGAAAACGUGGCCGUGUGGGUUCUUUGAGAACUUGUACUACUGAGCAGGAUGGUACCGAGAGUGAUGGAAAAUCAGAUAGUGUCACUGGAGGAGAACGUCAGCGCGUGAAGAGGCGGCAAAAGGUUACAUCAGAACAACAAGAAGUGGUGGGACAAAGAUAUAAUCUCCGGCGACCUAGAAGGGGUGCCGGAAAAACCGCUCUUGGUAAAAAGAAUGAAGAGACUGUUACAGUGCAACAAGAAGAGGGCAUUUACAGUGCUCAAACCAUUGCUACAGCUUCAGUAGGCGUUGCUGUUAGUGAUAAUGGCGCAAGCGCGAAUGUGGUGCAGAGUGAAACCAUGGCAGACUCUGAGGAUACAGAUGCUGGUUCGCCCAAAAGAACAUGCGAGAGUGCAGCAAUGAGUGAAGAAGAUGUGAACAAAACACCACAAAGGGCUCACUCUGGAAACGAGUACGAUGGUGAAGAAGAUGAAUCGGAAUCAGAACAUCCCGGGAAACAAUCCAUUGGUAAGAAGCUCUGGACUUUCUUGACGACGUAGCAUUGGUAAGAAUCCAUCUUUGAUCAGGAUGUAGUUUGCCUAUGAUGUUGAAGACCAAAAUCUUCUCCUGUUGACAAUAGUAGUGUUUGCUUCUUGAUCUCUAGCUAUCCUAGGAGACUUUUUUUUUUCUUUUUGAUUUUGGUGUUAACUAGUGUGGAUGUUUUUCACCAAAAUGUAGUGUUUUCUUUGUAGUUUUAUUUUCUACCACUUAGUUUGCUAUCUGGUUAAGAGGAUAAUUUACAAUUCUUUUGGUCUGUUUUAGAUGAUUUUUUUUAAAUUUUAUCUUAUGAGAGUGGUCUCCUUGUAACCACAAAGUGUUUGCAUUUGAUCUAUUUAUUUGUUUUUUUUUACCAUCUUUUGUCUAUUUUCCUGUCAUGUUAAAAAGACCAAGACUUAUCAAUCAUUCAAAUAAAGGCUGUUCGAAGA